AUGACGCAUUUAGCUUCGACGCUUUCCUCCUCCUCCUCCUCCGUGGUUUUAACCAGAGUUGUUGAUACACCAGAACGACGACGACGAAAUACUACUAAUAUUAAUAUCCGCGCCUUGGGUGGGUUUGGACCGGAAAUCAAACCCGAAGAGAUUCGAAAGAUUCAAGAGGCGAGGAGGAAGAAAAUCGAACAAGCGAAACGAGACGCGGAAGCGAGAAAGAAAGGGAACAACAACAACACCACCACGAAGAAGACAAAGAAUAAAGAGGAGGAGACGAAGCCUAAAAAGUUCUUCGGUUUGUUUUAA